ACCUUCUAGUUCUACCCCAGUCACCAUGUUGAGACUGAUCAUAGUGCUGCCUUUUCUUUCUCACUGUAUUUUGAUUGUUCAGGGAAAAUUUUCUAAAAAGGUUUUUUUUGAAGAUGGUAUGUUGAAAGGAUAUGCUUACAAAGAGACUAAGGAAAGUAAUGAUGACAUCAUGUGUGCACUAUUUCAAUACGAUUCGUAUAACGAAACUGGUUGGAGCAUACUGGAAGCCCAAAGUAAUCAAUAUAAACUAUCUGACGUAGAGCAAGCCCAGUGUGUGGGAGAGCUGGAAGGCGCUUACACUGCAGAUGCAAUCUACAUACAGUACUUCAACAACAUAAAAUCAUGGUGCAAGGGACGCAAGGAAACUUGCAAAAAAGUCUAUUCAUUUUUGGAUCAACAUCUCGAGUGGACUCAACAGGAAAUCAAGGAUAGGGGAGACUCAGAUCCUAUUUGGCAUCAUGUGGAUAUUUUUUUCAACCACAUUACAGGACUCUACACAGGAUACCAAGAGGUGCUAAUAGAUCCAAAGAAAAAUCUUACAUUGCUGGACUUUAUAGUGAUGAAUCUUCAGCCAGACUUGGACGAUGUCGCGGAUGCUCUAGAGGGAGAUGUCAGCUCCAAGGUGCGGGGAGACACACGAUGUUCUGCCAUCGUCAAACUUGUUUCACACAACCAAGAUUUACUAGUAGGACACAACACUUGGACAACUUAUUCUCAAAUGUAUCGUCAACUAAAGAAGUACAACAUGCCUCUUCAUAAGACGGGAAAGAGUAAAUCUUUUGCACCAACUCGUAUGAUAAGCUUCUCUGGUUAUCCUGGAGUAAUAACAUCUCAAGAUGACUUUUACACAACAAGCUCACGAAUGGUAGUGUUGGAAACAACUAUUGGUAACUACAAUGCAUCCCGGUGGCAGUACGUGACCCCCACAGGCCAGUUGUUUGACUCUGUUCGAUCACUGAUUGCUAUGAGACUAGCCGAUUCAGGCAGAACCUGGAGUAAAACUUUCAGCCAGUACAACAGCGGAACCUACAAUAAUCAGUGGAUGAUAGUUGAUCUCAAGAAGUUCAAAAAGGGGAUGAAGCCUAAGCCUGGAACACUUUGGAUAUUGGAGCAGAUUCCAGGCUACAUCAGAUACGAAGACCAAACAUCACGUCUGGUAUCUCAGGGUUACUGGCCUAGCUACAAUGUGCCUUUCUACAAAGAUGUGUUUGACCUUUCAGGCAACCAGGAGCUUGUGGACAAGUAUGGAGAUUGGUUUUCCUAUGAUAAAACUCCUCGAGCGCUCAUCUUCCAUAGAAACCAGUCAUCAGUUACAGAUCUUGAUUCUCUUAUGAAACUGCUGCGUUACAACAACUACAAAAAUGAUCCUCAUUCUGUCUGUAACUGUACGCCACCGUACAGUGCUGAAAAUGCAAUUGCUGCCAGAAGUGACCUGAAUCCGAAAAAAGGUCGAUACCCAUUCCCAGCUCUGGGUCACAGAUGUCAUGGAGCCAUUGAUGCCAAAGUCACAUCUUCUGAACUGGUUCACAACUUGACUUUCAAAGCCAUUAGUGGUCCUACUACAGGAAACAAUCUGCCUCUCUUCCGAUGGAGCACGAGUGACUUCAAACACCUCCCUCACAUGGGACAACCGGACAGUUUCCAGUUUGAUCCUCUCACAUGGCAGUGGUGGGGGCCUUUCUUUUGAGUUAGAUACGUCAAAUAAUAAAAUAAUUUAAUAAAACAACUGAACUAAUAAAA